CUGCUCGUGUUCGGCAAGUCGUUGUGGAUGAUUUUAGCAAAUUUAAAACGGUUUUCCCGGAUUUCGGAUGGUUCAAACAAGCUAAGCGGUUAAGAAUACUCCGGCAAUUGUGGAUUUCGUUCUGUGGCAGGCAACAUGGAACCGGUAGAUGAAUUUUCACUCGAAUCAUUCGAGCCUCUUCUGAGUCCCUCCGUACGGCAGUACCGAAAUAGAUCUAAAAAUUUAGACCCAAAAGUCUCGGUUACGACGGCAGGCAAUUGCUCCGGAAAUGGAAAAGAACAGCUGGCUGAAGUGCUAGCUAAAAUUGCCACCUUGCAGAAAGCUACCGAGUCCGGUAAGGCCGAAGGAUUCGACAGGACCAAGCUGGUCCGAACGUACAAUGUCAAGUUGAGGUUGAAGAAAAGUUGUUCGCUGUACAAGUGCUUCGAUUGCGAUAGUUGCUUCACCAAUGCUGAGUUUCUGGAACUGCAUGAAAAAUCACAUUCCAGCACGGCGACAACAACAACAGCAACACAGUUGGAGAGUUCCGGAGAAGUGGCGCGAGUGGACGACGCUAUCGAUCUGGGCAAUCAUUCGAUCGACGAAUCCGAAAUGAAUCUGAAACAGUGUGAAACUUGGUUUGCCGGCGAUGGCUAUGGCCGUCCGGAAGAUGAUUUGUUUCUGGACGGCGAAGAUGGCGAUGGCGAUGACGAAACGAUUCAUCUCGAUUGUAUCGUCCACGAGCGGGAGGAUAACUUCGAUAUCAGUUUUGAUCGCACGAAAUGUGCCAAGACGUAUACGGUGGCCAAAUAUAAAGUGAAAAAGGAUCCGGUAGGAAAGUGUGAUCGAUGCGAGAAGAGUUUCUACUCGUACGAUGCGUUCCGGAUGCACCAAUUGGAACACGAACGGUUCAUGAACUUCGACUCGAUUGAGCCAAAAAUUAACAUCGAUUCGCCAAAAAUCGAAGAGAGUACGCUGAUGGUGGAUGAAAGUUUCUACCAGGUUAUUUCUGAGAUUGAUGCUAGUGAUAUUUUAGAGGUCAGUGAAGGCACAAUCGAACUAAGCCCGAGCUCGCAAGGUUCUACCGUAACCAUCGAGUACCAAAUCGUCCCUCGGAACUCUUCCGAUGAAACACCAUUUCAUCCGGUGUCAACAAGUAGUUGUUUUGCUGAGAGAGGAUCACCACAGCGCAGCAUCGAAGGGAAAUAUCAGUGCGAAAUUUGCCAGCAGCGAUUUCGCUUCCGGCCAGCGUACAAUGUGCACAUGCACAGUCAUCGGAACCAGCGGCCAUUCCAGUGUGCUGAAUGUGGUCGCAAAUUUAUCUCCAAAGUCAAGCUCUUUCUCCAUCGGUAUGGCCACUCAAGGGAGCAUCGGCGUUCCCAAGGAAGUUUACUGAAGUGUUUACAGUGUGACGAGCGAUUCGCGAAACCCCGAUUCCUUUUCGAGCACAUCCAGCGAGACCAUUCGACUGAUAACCAGCACCAGCAACCAGCAGAGGAAGUAAGUGAAGCGGCAAAGGGCGCGGCGCAGUGAUAUUCGUUGAUCGACUCCCUAGCGUUAAGUGAUAACUGAUUUUAUGUAAGUAGAUAUAUUUUAAUGAUACUACAAGAUAAUCCUAUCGGCUUCGCACUAGGAAUGAAAUGGUUAGGUUUCCAUGAAAUUGCGAUUGAAUCGCAACUAAAUUUCAUGAAGUGUUGAAGGGGUUUUCGCGGUCGAUAGUAAGAAAUGAUUUAAUUUACAUGCGAGGGAAAGUUUUUAUCGAUAUGAAUU